CUUACUCUAUAGCAGCCUCUCCCUGCACCACUCAAGAACCAAGAUGAGCCUUACAGAUGUCCUCAGUGCUUCUGACAUUUCGGCCGCUCUGAGGGAGUGCCAAGCUCCUGACACCUUUAACUGCAAGAAAUUCUUCCAGACCUGUGGGCUGACUAAAAAGACCGCCAGUCAAGUAAAAGAGGUUUUCCGGGUUAUAGAUAAUGACGAGAGUGGUUUCAUCGAACAGCUUGAACUCCAGUAUUUUCUACAACGGUUUGAUCCUAGCGCCAGAGUGUUAACAAGUGCAGAAACUAGUGCUUUUAUGGCUGCUGCUGACCAUGACGGAGACGGUAAAAUUGGAGCAGACGAGUUCCAGGGAAUGGUUCAUUCCUAAAUCAUGUGGAGUCCAUCACUGCAAGCAGACUGGUGAAUUCUCAUUGACACAAGACUCAUGCGAAAACGAUGGGACCAUCUGUCACACUGACUCCUGUUAUAAGGCAUUCCUUAUUUUGAAACUGAAAUGUUGGAUGGAGUGAUGAUUCACCAGUAAUGGGGCCCUCUAAAAAGCAUGCAUUGUUUCAUUUAGAAUGCACUACCUGAAACUGAGUGUUUUAAAUGCCCGAUCAUAAAAUAAAUAUACCAUCUAAAACCAA